AUGCAGAGCGACGAUGUUAUAUGGUCUGCCAUUGGGCAACAGUUCUGUUCCUAUAAAGUGAAGACUGUGACCCAGAAUUUCUGCAGGAACGAAUACAACGUUACAGGCUUCUGCAACCGCCAGUCAUGUCCUCUCGCAAAUUCACGGUAUGCUACUGUGCGCGAAAAAGAUGGCGUUCUCUACCUCUACAUGAAGACUAUUGAACGUGCGCAUAGUCCUGCACAUAUGUGGGAACGCAUCAAAUUAUCCAAAAACUAUACGAAAGCAUUGGAGCAGAUUGACAAGGAAUUGAUCUACUGGCCGAAUUUCACUAUUCAUAAAUGCAAGCAGCGCAUCACCAAAAUCACGCAAUACCUCAUCAAAAUGCGACAACUAAAGCUGCGCGAUCAACCAAAACUCGUUGGAAUCAAAAAGAAACUCGAGCGCCGUGAGGCCGUUCGUGAGCGGAAAGCUCUCUCGGCCGCCCAUCUUGAACGCGCGAUCGAAAAAGAGCUGGUCGAGCGCCUUAAGUCCAAAGCUUAUGGCGAUGCACCGCUCAAUGUGAAUGAGAGUGUAUGGCAGACAAUUAUGGACCGAGAGAAAGCGAGAGACAAAGUUCAAAAAGGGGACACUGAUGAGCUCGACAUGGUGGCAGAUGAGACAGACGACGAGGAAGAGGACGAGGAGGAGCUUGAGGAAGAUUGGGAUGAUCGGGAGUUCGUGAGUGAUAUUAGUGAGGACGAGGAUGGGUUGAGUGAUCUGGAGGAAGUUGCGGGCAAUGGCAGUGCUGAGGACGACUCAGAAGACGAGGGCAGCGGUGACGAUACCGAAGCGAAGGCGAAACCAUCAUUAGGCAAGCGGAAGUCAAUGUCAAGUCGAUUCGAAAAACCAAUGAGCAGACCUGCUCGCAAACCAAAACGUACGUAUCAUAUUUUACAGCCGCAAUACUUUAACUCACAUUUUUUUAGCUGGUGCGCGAAUAGAAGUAGAGUACGAAAACGAGAUGGAAACGACAGCGAACCGCAAAGCAACUCUAACCAGUUGGUGAUCACCAAUAUCCUCCCACCGGGAUUCAGCUGUAUGUUACCGCCCUGCUAUCAGAUAUAG